AGCCAGCCCGAAAUCUUCUUUGACUCUCUCUCUCUCUCUCUCUCUCUCCCUGUGUUUCUACCUGGUUUUUUUUUGGGGGGGGGGUCCUUGUUCUGUUCCAAUUUCGCUGAUGGGUUGUUUUAGCUGCAAUGGGACAACGGUUCUGGAGGAAAACACCGACAACAAUUUCACAAAAGCAAAUGAUCAACCUCGUCCAGGAAAAGCCAAAAGCAGUCCUCGUGGAAGCAGAAAGGUUUUGGAUGUCAAGAAUGAGGACGUCACUAAGAGAAAACAGUCAAAUUCAGAGACAGAUGGAUUGGAUUCAAGUGAUAUCAGUAAGGAUGAGAAAACCAGCAGCACACAGGCUCAAACGUUUACUUUCAAUGAGCUCGCCGCUGCGACUGGCAAUUUUAGGUCGGACUGCUUUAUUGGGGAAGGAGGCUUUGGCAAAGUUUACAAAGGGCAUUUGGAGAAAAUUAAUCAGAUUGUAGCAAUCAAACAACUUGACAGAAAUGGACUUCAAGGCACCAAGGAAUUUGUUGUGGAAGUGGCAAUGUUAAGUCUAGUCGACCACCCUAAUCUUGUUAAAUUGAUCGGCUUUUGUGCUGAGAGGGAUCAGAGGCUAUUGGUUUAUGAAUACAUGCCAUUAGGAUCGUUGGACAAACAUUUGCAUGACCUUCCACCCAAUAGAAAGAGACUUGAUUGGAAUACGAGGAUGAAAAUUGCAGCCGGUGCAGCAAGAGGUCUUGAGUAUUUGCAUGACAAGUUGAAACCGCCUAUCAUAUACCGUGAUUUAAAAUGCUCGAAUAUCUUACUGGGCGAGGACUAUCAUCCUAAAUUAUCGGAUUUUGGCUUAGCUAAAGUGGGUCCAAGUGGGGACAAAACCCAUGUUUCUACGAGGGUUAUGGGGACAUACGGAUACUGCGCACCGGACUAUGCCAUGACAGGCCAAUUGACAUUCAAGUCAGAUAUCUACAGCUUUGGGGUUGUUCUUUUGGAGCUCAUCACGGGGAGAAAAGCAUUUGAUCCAACUAAAGAUCCCAAGGAGCAAAACCUUGUUGCAUGGGCGCGCCCCCUGUUCAGAGACAGGAAGAAAUUCUCGCUGAUGGCUGACCCAAUGCUUGAAGGCAGGUAUCCCGUGAGAGGAUUGUACCAAGUGCUGGCUAUUGCUGCAAUGUGUGUCCAAGAACAGCCUACUAUGCGACCUGCCAUAGCUGAUGUUGUAACUGCUUUAAGCUACCUUUCGUCCCAGCAAUAUGAUCCUAGUAGCCGCAACAUCCAAAACACUUGCAAGAAUCCUCAUUCUUCAAAAAUAAUGACCAAGAGCAGCGAGGACAUAAGCACAGGUCACAGAGGGCCCAUGGAGGGAUGAAGAAUUUGGAGAUGUCCAUAUGAGAAAACUACCCGGUUAUCGAUUUUCAGUUGUGCAGAUAACAGGUGGUAACAAUAUCAUAAUUAUUUGUUGUUUAGGUUCAAGGGAAUUGUUUCCCUUCGGCUUCGCAUCCAAUGUAGAUUGAGUCGAGUUCGGUUUUGUCUAAAGACGCCUUAUGGUAACAACAGGUUCCUAUGUUAAUUCAUUAUGAAUUCACUUCUAUCCUUCUGGUACUUUUAUCUUCAA